AUGGCGCCGCCCACGAUGCGCCGCCCUCGCGCGCGCGAGGGCGAGGUCUCCCCCGCGGGAAAGCUCCUCCUCGUCUUCGUCGUCGCCGCGACGAUCGUCUACGUCGCCUUCGGCGGCGGCGGCUCGCGCGAACCGAUCGAUCGCGCGACCGCGACCGCGGCCGCGGCCGCGACGGCGCGCGGGGAAGCGCGCCUCGCGGACGCGUCGCUCGCGAAAAACUUGGGGACGCGCGAGACGCAGCUCGAGCUUCGAUGGGGCGUCGACCGCGACAUCGCGACGCGGAUAUGCGCGAAGAACCGAGCGUUCGCGGAGCCGUCGGGGUACUGGGUCAGCGGCACGACGUUCCUGGACGACGAGGCGACGACGUUCCAGCACGCGGUGACGUUCCACGACUCCGCGACGGGGCUGCCGCUGUUCGUCGCGCCGCGGGUGCGUCGCGUUCGAUCGAUCCUCGCAUCUUUUGGUUUUCGGAAAAACUUCGGUUUUCCUCGCCGUCCGCGGUGCCCACUUUUCCCGCCGCCGCGUCCCGUCCCCGUCCGUCCCCGCCGACGCGAUCUCCAUCCCCAUCCCCAUCCCCAUCCCCAUCCCCGCGAUCGUCCCCAGGGCCGCACGUGGCGCGAGUUCGAGGCCGAGUCCCGAGCGCACGGGUGGCCGUCGUUCCGCGACGAGGAGGUGGUGUGGGAAAACGUCCGCGUCCUCGGCCGCGAAAACAACGCGGAGGUCAUCUCCGCCGACGGCGUCACGCACUUGGUGCGUUCUGGUUCACACUGGUCCCCAUACGACCGCGUCGGCGUGGUGAACGCAUAUCCUUAA